UUUGAUUUUUCCAGGAUAGAGAAAGGAGGAAGAAAUUCCCUCCCCCGCCCGCAUGGCGGAUCGGACCAGAUCCGGCGCGUUGAUCGUUCGCCUGUAACUCCUCGCUCUCGCUCUCUCCUCCUUCUCCUCCUACUCCUUCGUCUUCUUCGUCUCUGCGAUUCCGGCGGAACAAGCGAGUCCGACAGGUGCCACAGUAAAAGUCAUCGGGGAUUAUCCUAAAAUUGACAUUUAGUGAGUAUGGCUUCUAGGCGCAAUGUUGGGUACAGUCGUCUCCCUGCUGAUGAGGAUGAGGAUUACGACGAGAGAAUGGGAAGGAAAUAUGAUGCUCGGUUCGACUAUACUCCAAGAAACUUUGACAAAGUGCCAUGGAAAUCCAUUGCCCUUGCACUUUUCUUGCUCUCUCUAGGGUCAUUGCUUCUCUUUCUUUCCAUCUUCAUCUUAACGGGCCACAUGGGUGGUGAGAAGUCCCAGGGAUAUGGCCUCUUAGUCCUUGGAAUUCUCACUUUUCUUCCAGGUUUUUAUGAGACUCGGAUCGCAUAUUAUUCAUGGAGGGGUGCUGAAGGUUAUCGCUUUGCUUCGAUUCCUGAUUACUGAGGCGUGUUCUGCCAAUUACACAGCUGUAUGAUAUUGUUUUUGUUAACAGCUAAAAUUUGGUUUCUGGACAAUUUUACUUGUACAUUUGGAUUGAUCAGUUGUAAUGCCAAUGCGAAUGUUUACGUCUGAUUCUGUUUGACUAAUGCAUGAGUAUCCUUUGGCUAA